CGUCUUCGCAAUGGCGAGCUGUUCAUUUCUCAGAGUGACUUUUAGCUUUAUUUUUAUUAUUACACAUAUCUAUGCUGACGAUACAUUAUCUUUUCCUAAAGAUUUCCUGUUUGGUACGGCUUCGUCUGCUUAUCAAAUAGAAGGAGGUUGGAAUGAAGGCGGUAAGGGCGAGAAUGUCUGGGAUCAAUGGACGCAUGAACAUCCAAAUUUAAUACGUGAUGGUAGCAAUGGUGACAUGGCUUGCGAUUCCUAUCACAAAUAUAAAGAAGACGUACAAUUAUUAAAAGAAAUAGGGGUUAACUUUUACCGGUUUUCUCUCAGUUGGUCACGUAUAUUACCGGCUGGUUACGCUAAUGUAAUCAAUCAAGAGGGACUUAAUUAUUACAAAAAUCUUAUUAACGAAUUAUUGACGAAUGGUAUCGAACCAUUUGUCACUUUGUAUCAUUGGGAUCAUCCGGUCGUCUUUGAAAAGAUGGGUGGAUGGACCAAUGAAAUGAUGGUUGACUGGAUAUCUGAUUACGCCAGAGUUGUUUUCAAAGAACUCGGCCCCAAUGUUAAAUAUUUCAUGACUAUCAAUGAACCCAUCGUUGUUUGCGAUGAUGGGUACUUAGAAGGUAUUAAAGCACCAGGAAAGAAAUUAGGCUAUCCUGGCAAAUAUCUCUGCAUGCAUAAUAUUCUGAAAGCGCACGCUAAGAUUUAUCAUAUCUAUGACACAGAAUUUCGUGAACAGCAGAAAGGCCAAAUCGGCAUAGUUUCAUCUUGUUCAGGUGCGUUGCCGAAAAAUUCUUCUGAUACUGAAGCAGCAGAUAUAUUGUUCCAGUUUACUUGCGGCUGGGUAGCCCAUCCCAUUUUUUCAAAGACUGGUGAUUAUCCAGCAGUUAUGAAACACCAUAUAGCUGAGAAUAGUAAAUUGGAUGGUUUUCCGAGAUCGAUUUUACCAGAAUUUUCGCCAAAAUGGGUGCAGUAUAUUAAAGGUACAUCGGACUUUUUCGCAUUAAAUCAUUAUACUUCGAGACUUGUGGAAACAGUACCGCAUACACAAGGACAAGCGUGGUACGAUUAUUCUGGCGUGAAAGCGACCGUGGAUCCAUCAUGGCCAAAAAGCGCUUCGGAUUGGCUCAGAGUUGUUCCCGCUGGAUUUCGACAGAUUAUUACGAAAAUUUCAAAUGAAUAUGAUCACCCAACUAUCUUUAUUACGGAGAAUGGUUUCUCUGACAGAUGUUGUACUUUCGAUCGUUUAAGAAUAUCCUACUUACAUUCUUAUAUGAAAGAAAUGUUAACCGCCAUUCAGGAAGAUGGGUGUAAAGUGAAAGGAUACGCUGUUUGGAGUGUGUUAGACAAUUAUGAAUGGGAAAGGGGUUAUACAGAACGAUUCGGAUUAGUACAUGUCAACUUCACGGAUCCCAAUCGAACGAGAACUCCAAAAUGGUCGAUGGACUGGUAUAAACAAGUCAUUAACACUAGAAAACUUAGCCUCGUUGAGAUGAAUCCGCUUUAUCUAAAAUACUUUUGACUAAUAAUGUAUAUAUUAUGAUACAUAUUUUUAUUUGACCCUAUCUCUGGAAAGAGAAAGAAAUUGCUUUAAGGU